AUGAAGCUCCACUUCCUUUUGUUUUUCUUCGUCUUCGGAUUGAUUCAUGCUAUAUGCCCACCCGGAUUCUCGCCUUCGAAUGGAAAAUGCAUCAUGUUGGUCACGGAUCAGGAGGUGCAUUCCAGCGCCAGUGCUUACUGUAACAGAUACGGUGGACAUUUGAUUUCGAUUCAUAAUCCGGAUGAUAACAAUGAGUUAGCUGGUAUGGCUGCUCGACCAGUUUGGAUUGGUUUGAAAUGCACAGUUUCAAGGGAUCCGUCGUCUUGCCUUUGGGAUGAUCAAAGUGGCACGGCUCAGGGGUACAAUGGGUUUUCGUCCGGUCAACCAAAUACCGCUGCUGGCCAGUGUAUCUAUCUUCUCAACACCGGUCAUUGGCAAAGUGUCGAUUGUGAUGGCGGAAUACCGUUAGAUUUCAUCUGUGAAGCUCCUAAUCAACCAUCAUGUAACCAUCCAUUCAACGGUUUCUGUUAUUUCCCGCAAUUUCAACCUCUCCCGGAAAAUGAUGCUCGGGUAGAAUGUGAGAAGCAGUGCGGGAACCUGGUAUCCAUUCAUUCACCAGAUGAGAAUAAUUUCAUUAAGAACUUAUUUAACUUAACUCCACCGGAUUUCGCAACAAUCGGAGCCAGAACAAAUUCAGCGAAUUUGACUUCCUGGUUGGAUGGAACCAAUUGGAAUGAUUAUCAGAACAUUGGACUACAAAGCGCAAGUCUAGGAAUGUGUUGGAGUAUGGCACUACGGGAUAGAGUCCUCUAUGAUGCUGGCCAAUGGACAAAUAGUAAUUGUUCGAAACCAGCCCCAUUUGUAUGUAAACGAGAUGCUCAAGUGUCGUGUGGAGGUACGGAUGAACCAGUGACAACGGCACCACCGGAAUGUGGUAGUGGAAUUAUGCAAGAAGAUAAUAAUGGAACUUUCUACUCUCCAAACUUCCCAAACUCUUACGUUGGCGCCAAAAACCCUUGCAAAUACUUCAUUGACACUCCAAGCGGAACCCAAGCCCAGAUUCGAUUCCCAAUUUUGAAUCUCGAUGCCUAUUCGACAAUUCAGUUGUAUUAUGGGGACAACCAAAAGCCAGACGUGACAAUUUACUCCGAUACUACUAUGAAAUGGUACACUUCUCCAACAAACACUAUUAAAAUGAUCUUCAAACCGAGUACUGACUACACUGGCUCUAGAAUCUUAUCCUGGAAAGCUGAAUUUGAGCCCAUGCCACAGGUUACUGUACCUCGCACUACAACUACAACUCAUAAAGUGAUCAUAACACCCGAUCCAAGAAACCCAUCAGGUUGUAAUUCUCCUUCAAUUUCAACCGAAACUGGCUAUUUCACAUCUCCAAAUUACCCUGACCAUUAUCUCGAUUCCAUGACUUGUAAGUAUUUGUUAACCACGGACACUGAUAAAAGGAUUCACUUGGAAUUUGGAGAAAUCGAUUUGUUCAUGGACCAGGACGAGAUUAUCGUUCGGGAUGGGUCCAGUUUUACGGAUCCUAAUCCAUUAGAGAUAAUUAACGGAAACCCAGGCCAUUGGUACAACAAACAGUACACAUCUACUGGGAAUACAAUGAAUGUAUAUUUCUUCUCAGAUAGCCGUGAUAAUGCGAAAGGAUUCUCUGCUAAUUUUUAUGCAAAUUCCGAAAAGUUUCGCAAACACAUGUCCGCAAAUUCUUGGAAAGUGUGUGGCCGUCAGAAAUCAACUACCGUACUUCCGUCAAUGGUCAUUGCUCAGAAUUUGGAUGAAAUCGAUGUGCAGGAUGUGAAGAUGACGACUUCAAUGGAUGAAAAAGGCAUUACUCGUCAGUACUGUGUGACGUGGAUUGAUUUGGAGAAGAAUAAGAAGACGUCAGAUGAGGAUGAUGAUCGGGAAUUCGUGGGUCUGAAGACGACGUCAUCAAUGGCAAAAUUUGGAUGUGAUCAUGUGAUUUGCGACAAGUGCCGUCGAUCGCAAAAGAGCACCGCGCUUUUUGAUGGUGAGCAAUUUUUUUAA